CAUUUACGGUUCAGUCGAAAGCUUCAAAUCGUGACGUUCACAACAGAGGAAAAAAGAAAAGCGCAUAAAACGCAUUCACGCACGAACAUUAAAAGAAAAGAAAUAUUUAUUUAUUUAUUUAAAAAAGUAUAAAGUAUUUAUAAAUUAAAGAAAUUCUCAAAAUCUUCCAAAUCACCAUAAUAAUUAAGGAAAACCGAAAUAUCAAUUUUUUCAAACGAAAACGUGAACAAAAGCGAAAAAGUUUCGAAGUGUGCUCAUAUUCAGUAUUAUCCUGCCGCGUUUCCAGCUACAGAAAUAACCGUUAAAACAAUAAAGUGUUGGUUUCUUUAUUACUUUCUUGAGAAAGCUAAAGAAACUUCCAGUAGAGCACUUGCCACAUCUACCGACUUAACGACGUAGCAUCCGGCGAGGUUUUUUUUUGUUGUUCAAUUUGGGUACAAGAGGAAGUCCGAAAUCAUCAAAGCCAACGAUCUUUCACGUGUCAGCGUUGCAAUUGUGCAAUUAACAUUUAAAUAAUAUAUAACUACAACACACGAAAAAAAUAAACAACACAAAAAUGGCCACAUACGCUGCAUUCAAACAUGUUGAACUCUACAAUGUGGGCAAAACUAAAAAGAGGGUCUUAAGGCCUCCAGGCGGUGGCACUAGCGACAUAUUCGGCGGUGACCUUCCACAAACUCCACGCAACGUGAAAAAUCACAUGCAAUCGAAUAUUUUCUCAUGUGACAAAAAUGGCGCUAUCAAAAAUAACGUACGACAAGGAGCUCACAGAUUCUAUUUCAUUGGUGAUCAGCCACGUCGCGGACAACAGAAAGUUGAUUCUUAUCAGCGUCUUUUCGGCGAACCAGAACGUCCAAAUACUCCCGCCAGGAAUCACAUGAAGAGCAGCAUUCCAUUUGGUUCAAAUACUGAGGCCGCCCAAGAAUUGUUGGCUAACGGUAAUGGUCAUCACAGCAAUGGCAAAGGUGGUUCAGUGUCCACUUCGACAUCGUCCUCGGUAUCAUCGUCCACUGAAAACUUGAAGAUGAACGGUGUCUCAAAAUUAGUCUUCCGCAAAAUGAGCAAAACGGAUGAAGCAUGUCCACCACUCCCUGUACCGGAAUCAAGUUCGCCACCCAAUUCCAAUACGCCACAAUUAAGCAUAGAUUUGCCAUGCGAGCCUAAAGCGUCAGAACAAACUGACAGCAGUGAUUUGUCCGCACGUUCUCGAGUAACUGUAAAAGACACCAAUUUAUCAGCACGUUCUGAAUUAAGUGAACAUCCUCAAGCCACAUCACGUUCAAAAGUCCCGACCACAGACCAUGCUCAACGUUUCAGUUCAGCGUCAAAGCAUAGCAAUAUGGGCGCUGGCGAUGUCGCUUCACAAACGCGUCGUGAAAUAGGCACAAAUUCAGACAAUCCACAUUCGUUUACGAAAACUCAACCCGGCAAAGAAGGUCGCCAAGAAGUGCUGGAACCGUGUGACAACCGCGUACCACCAGCGCCAACGCCACGCAAUCCGAUUACCGGUUUGGGAUUGGGCGAAGAUGGUGUUGGAGGCAUAAAACCGAAAAAGCCAAAGGAUCGUAGAGAUGGUAAUCCCGUCACCGGUGAGGGUUACAAGCCCAGCAAUUCUUUCAACAACGCGGUGCCCACCCUGAAUGGUGCCAAUCAGGUCAUCAAUAAGAAUCGCAUUCCACCAGGUGGAUUCUCUUCAGGCCUCUGGUAAAUCAAGUUUUUAUCGCCUGUGUAUUGUUCGUUCCGUGUUUGGGAAAAAAUCAACAACAGAGAAGCGAGGGUCUGAGAUGAAGUGAUGAAACCGAAAAAAGAUAAUAAAAGAGCAAAUAUAUUACACACACACACAAAAACCAACCAACACAAAAAUAAAAAAUCUUAAAAUUAACUAAUUGAUCAUCAGCAAAUCACAUAAUGAUAACAACAGCCGUUGAAGGAAUUAAAAUGUCCUUCACUUUUUUUUAAAAGAAGAAUGAAAUGAAUGUAUGGAUGGGUGGAGAGUUGCGGUGGAUAUUCAUAUAUUACUAACCAGGUAGCGAGAAAACAUUUUAAGAGCAAAAAUUUAAAUAUAAUAAAAGUAGUUUGAAGGCGAUAAAGAAUUGAAGAGAAUGCAAAAUAACUAGUAUUUAAGCUAAUCAAGCAGAAAAUAAAAAAAUAUACAUGCAUACACACUACCACACACACAUAACAAGUGUUAUACAGCGAAAAGUAGUAAUACAAACAUAAUUUAUUUGAAAAUUUGUGGUCCCAAAACCUGCAACGAAAGAAACUGGCUGGCUGACAAUUGACGAUUCGAACAUGAAAUGCAAACAAAAUAAAGCAGCAACAACAAAUCAAUACAAUUUACAUGCAAAUGAUUAUGAAGUAAAAUUAACAGCAAUAUUUGAGCAAAAUUGCAUAGAUGUGGUUAAUACGGACAGCAAUUACUCUACAAGUAACAAAUGUGCAUAGCAAAAUUGAGAUUUAUGCACUCGAGCAUAAAAUCUAUAAUUUUCCAAAACUAAAAAAGCGAGAAAACACACAAACCUGCAUGGCAUUUGGCAAUUUUCGUACGAACAACCGCACAACCAACAUCACCGCCACCCUCACUAUCAGCAAAGUCAGCAUCAUCAUUAAAUUGCAAUUAUAAAUUCAAGCUUUUGAAAUUGUUCAGAGCUUUUGCAAUUCAUCAUUAUCAUGUCGCAUAUAUUUACAUUUGCAUCACCUGAAUACUACACACACAACCUUAGCGUGUACGAAAAGUGCUCAACAACGAACUGCAGCUCAUACCAACAACUCAACGAACUUAAAAAACGACGACGUCGGCUUAGACGAUUAACAGAUGUUGCUUUAGAAAUUAUAAAGAAAAAACCAAAAACCAAAAAAAAGAAAAUAU